GGUCCGGGAGGCCCUCGGCCAAACUCCGCCCUCCGGGCCGCUGACCGAGGCUCGUGCAGGCCGGGAGCUUCCGUGCCCGCGCCGCGCCCCGGGGUUCCCAGCGUAGCGCCCCGCGCCGGAAAACUCUCCUUUUCCAGGAUUUGAAGGAUCAUGAGGUACGUCAGUACCCGGGGAGGAAGCCCCAGUGUUGACUUUGAAGGAGCCUUGUUCUCAGGCUAUGCCCCUGAUGGGGGGCUCUUCAUGCCUGAAGAGAUCCCCAAGCUGGACAGGGAGACCCUGAAACAAUGGAGCACCCUCUCCUACCCUGACCUGGUGAUCGAGCUGUGCUCUCUCUUCAUUGACCCAGAGCUCAUUCCAAAGAAAGACUUGAAGGUUCUGGUCGACCGAGCCUUCAGCAGGUUCCGACACAGAGAUGUCGUUCACCUGAGCAGGAUGAAGAAUGGACUGAAUGUGCUGGAACUGUGGCACGGUGUCACCUACGCCUUCAAGGACCUGUCUCUGUCCUGUACAGGACAGUUCUUACAGUACUUUCUGGAGAAAAGGCAGAAACAUGUAACUAUUGUCGUAGGGACUUCUGGAGACACCGGGAGCUCAGCUAUAGAAAGUGUCCGUGGAGCCAAAAAUAUGGACAUCAUUGUUUUGUUGCCUCUGGGACGUUGCUCCAAGAUCCAGGAACUCCAGAUGACCACAGUGAUUGAGGAGAAUGUGCAUGUAUUUGGGGUGGAUGGUAACAGCGAUGAGCUGGAUGAGCCCAUCAAAGAUGUGUUUGCGGAUGUGGCUUUUGCCAAGAAGCAUAACCUGAUGAGUCUGAACUCCAUCAACUGGUCCCGGGUCCUUGUGCAGAUGGCUCACCAUUUCUUUGCCUACUUCCAGUGUGUGCCCUCCAUGGACAUCUGCCCCCUCCCCACUGUGGAGGUGGUUGUGCCGACAGGGGCUGCGGGCAAUCUGGCAGCGGGCUGCAUUGCGAGGGAGAUGGGCCUGCCCAUCCGUCUGGUUGCAGUGGUGAACCAGAAUGACAUUAUUCACCGGACUGUCCAGAAGGGGGACUUCUCACUCUCAGGAAUCACCAGACUGACCUUGGCAUCAGCCAUGGACAUCCAGGUGCCCUAUAACAUGGAGAGGAUUUUCUGGCUGCUCUCGGGCUCACACAGCGGGCUGCUCAGGGCCCUCAUGGAGCAAUUUGACAGAACCAAGAAUCUGUGUUUGCCAAGAAAGCUCCACGUCAAGGUUUCGGAGACGAUAAGCUCCCUGUCGGCUUCAGACGAGGAUGUCAUUCAAACCAUGCAGCGGUGCUGGGAGGAGAACCACUACCUGCUCUGUCCACACUCAGCCGUGGCUGUCUCCUACCACUACCAGCAGCUGGCCUCUGAACAGCCCAGCUUGCCCAGAUGCUGCCUGGCCCCCGCCUCGGCUGCCAAGUUCCAGGACGCCGUCCUCCAAGCCCAGCUGGUCCCCGAGAUUCCCAGAGACAUCCAAGCGCUGGAGCACAUGAAGACUCGGUGUACUCCCCUUCGGAGAGGCGAUGACUGGACCCAGCAGCUCCGCAACAAGAUUGAGGACCUUUCCCAGCAGAGGAGGGGGCCGUGAGCACUCAGGGGGACUUCGCAUGUCCUUUUGGUUCCAGAAGUCAUGACCUUCUCCAUGGGAGAAGUGAUUGUUUUCCUACUGUAUUAAUAAUCAAUUAUUAAAUUGGGAUUUAAUGGGACCAGACACUGGUCCUGGAGGUUGUUUAGCCAGCCUUGUCCUUCAGAGACAAGACACUAACUGUGUGGCCCCGGUCAAAAUCACCCAACCCCCGUCUGCCUCAAUUUUCUCAGCUGGUGGUGUGUCUGAGGAGACACCAAGCACAUAGAUAAGGGCAUAUAGAAUAAAGGUAAAGAAAAUUAGA